UCUGGCUCGGGAAGGUGGCCAAUUCCUUGUGCACGCAUAUGCAUGCACAAUAUGCACACGAGUAGAAAGAAGAGACAUAUUAUAUAUAGGAGUCAUAUUCGAAUGGGAAGGCGUAAAUAAGGGGGGGAUUCUGUGGAAUAAAUCUCGAUUGGUGGCGCCAUUCAGGGUUCUGUUUGUGUGAGGAGGAGGAGGAGGAGGGGGGCGAAGGGGGAGGUCUGUGGGGCACAAAGAGGAGCCGGUCAGGUGUGCAGGAGUCCCGGGCAGCGCCGGUCAUGACCACAGCUCCGCGCUGAGAGCUCGCAGCAGGAGGCAGAGCGCGCGAGGAGCCGCCCGGCGUCGCAGGAUGGCCAUGUGCUGCAAGCGUUCGGAAAACCACGUGGAGGAGGGUGGGGGCCCAGUGGCGUCGCCGCGGUGCCGCUUCCCGCACCGAGCGCUGUGGCUCAGCCUGUCGGCCUCCCUGCUCCUGACGGUCCUGGUCCUCGGCCUGACGUGGCACCUCGGGCUGUCACGGCCGUCCUCCCAGUCGUUGCAGGUGGUGAGGAUCACGGUUCCCGAUGAGGUCGGGCUCGCGAUCAACCAGACGGCGGUUGUGGACCAGCAGAACCACGUGGUGACGUUCUCCGUGGCCUCGGCACCAAAUCAAAGGUCCACCGUGGUCUUUGAUGUCAAACAUGGGUUGAUAUGUUACAAACCCGUCCACCAGGACAGCUGCUUCCUGCGAAAGAUGGAGCAGCCGGACUACGACCACGUGCACUCCCUGCUUCACGAGUCAGCGCACAAGCAGAGCCGGUUCCGCCUUUCUGCCAAUGAAACCCAGAGGCAGAUGGAGUUCCUGGGCGUGCUGGCAGCCAGUCAGGUGGAGGCGGCCGCGUUGGAGAAGCCGCUGCAGGCUCUGUGUCAGGACAGGUCCGUUCACUGGACCCGGAUGGCCAAGGGUCCUGGCAAACAGAGGCUGGUCUACUUCUGCAUCGACAUCUGCUUCCCCAGUAACGUCUGUGUGUCCGUUUGCUUCUAUUACCUCCCAGAGUGAUGGUGCUUUUCCUUCGUACUGUCCCAGCAAAUCAUCAGGGAAACAAAGUUGCCUUUUUAGCUUCCUUUAUAAAAAAACAGAAACAAGCCAGCAUUGAGUUUCCUUCGUGCCAUACAGCUGCCAGUAAACCAACGAACAGCCAACUCUUCGAGUUCCUGUCCGUCCUUCCGACAGAGAGGAGAUGGAGACAGGCUGUCACAGUUAUCACCACAGCCCCAUCGUCACCCUCGUCAUGGAAAAUGCCCUGUGAAUGUGGCAGACUUCAGACAUUGUAGAAUAAAAAUCCCCUUUUUUUGUACUUGCAUUUAACUGUGCAACUGUAACCACUGCUACAGUGUUUUCAUCUGUCUAAUAAAAGCCUGUUGGAUAUUUCCAAUGUCCAGUUUUUCUCAGGCUGGAAAAGAA